GGCAGGAAGGGGCGGAGCCGAGGCGGAGGCAGCAGGGCCGGGAACUUCAACUCAGGAGGAAGAUGAAAGAUUGCAUCACUGAAGAACAUUUAUAUUUGGCUUUUUCUCAUCAGUACAGAGAUAGUAUCUUUCCUCUUCAUACAUCUAUCUCCCUGUUUUUGCUAUCCUACUGUGACUGCAAAUUAUUUAAAAUUUUCUUAGUGCCAACUGGUGAAGAUGUGGGUAAUCAAUGUGUGACAAAAAACCUCCCUGGCGAUCUUGAGGUGCAUUUAAUCUCCAAGUGUCAGCUUCCAGAGGUUGUGCAGAGUUGCAGUUUACCUGCAGUUGUCGUGAAAGAUGGCAAAUUCUGCCGAGCUGGGCUUUCUGUUGUCUUAAGACAUAUAAUACAGAAAACGUAUGAGGCAGAUCCAUCUAAAAAGGAUGUUUUGGAACUCUUGGGCUUUAAGAAGACUUGCUUAAAAGCUUGUGCUGAAGUUAGCCAGUGGACCCGACUUUGUGAGAUCAGCAUUCCUCUGGCUGUGGAAAGGUUUUUGACGGCAUCUCCUGAGCACUGUCAGGCUAUUCCUUCUGACAUUUUACAGUUUGAAAGGAAGCUUGGAGAACCUGUCCGAGUACAUAAUGAUGACAAAAUUCGUAGGCAAAAACUUCAACAGCAGAAGGCAGGUGCCAAGGCUGCAGUGCCUGUACUUGGUGAAGAAGCAGCAAGGGAAUUAAAAGCAGGGGAAGUGCAUGAGCCUUCACCCCCAAGUUUGGAACUGAGUGUAGCUUUCUCCAAGCUACUUGUCCAGGAAGCAUCAGAUGCAGUCAACAGAGAGGCCUCCCACAUCAGGAGAACAAAAACUUCUGACCUUCCACUCUUGGACCACAUCUUUGCAGAAGGGCUUUAUUUUACUGUGGCAGAUAUAGUGCUUUUGCCAUGCAUCCAUCAGUUCUUGGUUUCCAGCAAGAAACAAGGCAGAAACCUGGUAAAUUUGCCGCUGAUAUCCGCUUGGUAUCGAAGAGUUCAAGAAGUACCUGGAGUAAAGAAAGCUGCUGGCAAAUGCAAUAUGGAGCUUCUCCAGCUUCCAGAGUUGAUGUCUGCUCUAGAGGAACAGGCACAGGACUUCUCUUCAGUUCCUGAUGAGUUAGAAGAGGAGAAUGAAGACAGUCAUUUUAUAGGUGGUCCGAGGCCAACUAUGACUAAAUUAAUGGAAAAUGGAAUUGAAGCCAAGUUUUUUCCACAUCCAUGCCCCAACUGGACCCUAGACUGGACCAGUCUACCAUCUGCAGUCAGUCCUGGGGAAGGAAAGAUGUCUAGAGACCGGGCUCUCAGGAAGCAGCAGCAACUGAACAAUUUGGUAGCAGUGGUGACAAAGCUUGCAAAGCCUGGAGAUGUGAUUGUGGAUUUUUGCAGUGGAGGGGGCCAUGUUGGAAUUGUUCUUGCUCACAUGAUGCCGUCAUGUCAGGUGGUACUCAUAGAAAAUAAGGAAUUGUCUCUGAUCCGUGCUAAAGACAGAAGUGAUGAACUAGGUUUAAACAACAUUUGGUUCAUUCAAGCAAAUUUGGACUAUUUUAAUGGGACUUUUAACAUUGGGGUGGCUCUGCACGCCUGUGGUGUAGCCACAGACAUGGUGAUUGAGCACUGCAUCCGGGCACGGGCAGCCUUUGUCAUCUCCCCGUGCUGUUAUGGCUUCAUUCAAAACACAGUCAAGUUCAAAUAUCCACGAAGUCAUCAGUUCAAAGAAAUUUUGUCCUACAAGGAGCACAUGAUUCUUUGCAGAUUUGCAGAUCAGACAGCUGUUCAGCUUCCACCUGAACGCAGGCUAAUUGGAAAACAGUGUAUGGGGCUUGUGGAUCUGGAUCGGGCAUGGGCUGCAGAAGAACAGAACUACUCUGUCCAAGUUAUAUCUAUGGAGCCAGAGAGUUGUUCUCCAAAGAACAAUAUGUUUGUGGGCACCCCUACUUAGAGUGUGAAACUUGCAUUCGAUUUGAAAUAGAACAUAAAUCUUCAGUGCAUAAUGACAUCCAGCAGAUAGAAGCAGAGCUGGGAACCAGACAUCACGCAUCUUGAACGCAUUGCGCUCGGAAAAGGAAGCAGCCCAAAAAGUCUUAAAAAGCAAACUGCAUGCAGAGCAUCACAAAUCAACUUGCGAUGUGUCAUUAAGCAACUUUUGGUUCUCUUCUGAGAAGUUUCUGGAUCUAAUGACUAUGCAUGGAAUUAUAUCCAUCUGUAAAGGUUUAGAAAAAAGUUGGUCUCAUUGAAGGGAAGGUGGUUUCCUUUUCAGUAAAGCUGUUUCUUGGCUGCUUGAAAAUUGCGUUCGUGGUCAAAACUGCAUUUGGGUUUAUAAGCAGAGCAGUUAUCAGCCAGAAGUGCUGAUCACUAGAGGAACAGGAAAGAUCAGAUUUAUGGUGUUAGUGAAGAAGGAUGUGGAACAGGUGGUGGCUAGACUUUGCUAAAGAAUUCCAUACUACUGUAGGAAGAUUAUUUUUAAUAAAAGUUCAUCAGAUUA